AUGGAAAUGAAAGAGAUUGCUAAACAUAAGACACUAUGGAAAAUGAGUUCAACCAGUGAACCUUUGUUAAUUACUGGUGUAGAAGUCAAUCCUUUGAAGAAAUUCACCAUUCCCAAGAUCAGGAGGACAGCUGGGAAAGUAUACUUGUCACCUUGUUGCACCAAUACUAGAGAGUAUGGUUUUAUACACGAUACUCUUAACCAAUGCAGGCUUGAUGUAAGCUGUGACCUACAGUCAUCAUGGCAGUUUGGGGAUACAAAACUGGUUCACAAUGAGGAACUGGAAAAAAAUUUUAGUGCUAAGAGGUCAGAGAUGCGUGACAGUGGAAGACAUGGCAGAGAACUUGAAGAACAUUUCUGUUUUUUAGCACUUCCACAAAGUGAUGUGACAGAGAUAUGUCAGAAUGGGAUAAGUACUAAAGCAUCUACAUUGAAGAUAUUAGGAAAUCCUCUUCUUGGAAUUUAUAUAUUUAGACAUGUGGAUGUUGCCUUGAAUUAUGCUCAUAGUCAAAGCAUUACUGUAGAAAGCAUUAUAAUUUUUAAGGUUCUCUUUGGAAGAGUGAAGAAAGUUCAGCCUUCUGUGGAUAAAAACAAAGUUUCUUUGGAUCCUUCUCCUAAAUUUGAUUGCCAUAUGUCAAGAAGUAUACCUUCUCUGAAAGAUGCCAUUGAGCUACAAGCCUACAGUUCAGCAGUAUACUUCUAUGAAUACAAUGUCCUUUCAAAGCCAGUAGAUAAGCCUAGGCAGUGUCUUCCAUAUGCAGUGCUAACAGUAAAAUUUAUUGGUCAAAAAGUAGAUAAUGGACACCUUGUGACAUCAUUGAGAUUCCUCUCAACAGGAUUUUCUAAGAGGACUGAAAAAGCAUGCUCUCUGAAUAACUGUACAGUGGCCAAAAGAAUUGGAAAAGGAAAAGAUGCUACUGUCAUCUUUGAGCAUUUCAGGAAACCUGUAGACCCAUUUGUUCAGAAAAACUGUUCAUGCAGUACACUAAAUUCAGAAAUAAAUUCUUCCAACUCAAAUAUUUCUAACUCCUGUGGAAAUGCACAAAAUGGAACCAUUUCUACACUUGAAACAUACCAUGGACAGACAGAGCACAACUUAGGAGAAAUUAAAGACAUUUCUCAAGUACAUGCACAUGAUUCAGGUCUUUCAUUUAUUUCCAGUGAUACCAAAGAAAAUGUUAAUGGUGACCACUUAUUAAAUUUGAUGUGUCUUAAAAAUGUUUUAAGUAGUGUUUCUGCUGCUUUUCCUCUUCAAAACAAUAUUGGCUCAAGCACAGUUAUUACAUCAAAACUCAUCAAAGACCCAAGAUUGAUGAGGAGAGAAGAAAGCAUGGGAAAACAGAAUGAUACUGCAGGUUUAAAUGAAAUUUUGCCAUUUGAGAAGAGUUUAGGUUAUGUUAAUUCAGAACUAAACCUGUCACCUAUGCCAACUAGUUCUGCCUCAUCAGAAGUCAUCACUGGUGAUUGUUCUCUUCUUACUAAUUGUUUGGAUGUCCCUGCCUUUAAAAUGUCUUUGGAUGACUCACAAUCUCAGGCUCCUAACAUGGGCUCCAAGGACUAUGGCCUUACAACUCCCAAUAAAAUUACCAUAACGGGACAAUGUAAGAACCAAGAGAAUUUUUCCUUCCCAGUUUCUUUGUCAAAUGUAAUUUCAGAAGUUGAAAACCAAAAACAUAAUGGGAUAGAAGCCCAGAGAGCCCAACAGAAAAGUAACAUCCCACUUUUAUUUAAACAACACAGUGAGCCACGUAACUCUUAUGAGUCAAUGAAUACUUGUACAAGAGAGUACAGUAGUCAAGUCUCUCAGGAAUCACAGUCUUCUGAUUUGAAAACUGUAUAUCACACUGAUCACAAAAUGUCUACAGUUUUUCCAUUCCAAAAGAAAGAAAGCAUAAAUGAAUACAUUCAAAAUAUUGGAAAGAUGGGAAACUUCACUGACCUGGAAGACAAUUUCAAACAUGGAGAAAAGCAAACUUUGGGGAAAAAAAUUGACUAUUUCACUGAUGAAACAAAAAUCCAUCCAAUAGAUAAUUGUGUUUCUUUGUGCCAAGAAUACAAAGACAGUGAGAGUCUUGACCCUUUGGGGAAAAACCGUGAUAAAAUAUUAAUUACUCAAGAGUUAGAAAUACAGAAAUCUUCCACACCUGCCACAAAGGAUAAGGAUAAACUACAACAUGUAGCAUUGGAAUUACAAAGUAUUACUCCAGGUGUAGGGAGCUUUUCACAAAAGCAUCUUCAGUAUUCUUUGGAAUGUGAAGAUAAUAUUCAUACAAAUUUGGCCAUUGCUCAAAAGCUUAUGGAACUGAAAUUGGAAAAAACAACUCAAAAUUGUCUUAGCAUUAUGACUGAUGCUUUCCAAGAAGCAAAAGACAUUCCCCAGGCCAAAGAAAUGCUCAUUGAUACAGUUAUUUCAUCUCAUGACAUAGAAACAGCUCAUGAAAAUUCACAUUGUAACAUAACUAAAGAACAUGUAUGUGUCCAUAGAAAAAAUGAAAAUGAGCCUCUGUCAUUAGAGAAUAUUCAAAGAGACUGCAAAGAAACUCAUCAUACUGAAGGUCAAGAUCACACUGUGUUUUUUAAUGCACAGUUGAACAAUGAUAUAUGCCUGAAUGUUAAUUUCAGAGAACAAGGAGAUAAUGGUAAAGAAAACCAGAAUGAGGCGAAAGAGACAGAUAGUGCUUCCUCUCCAGAAAAUAACAUAGAGGGUAUACAUGGAGAUGAGAAACAGAGUUUUCAUACAAACAAAAAUUUCACCAAUAUAGAUGAAAGGAGGGAGAACAAAAAUUACAACAAUGUAGAAAUUCUGAGUUCUGAAGAAUUUUCUACUACAGUUAACUUGACUUGGGAAGGAAAAUAUGUACCAACAGAAACUGCAUUAUUGGAGAGUGAAGAUACCAUUAAUUCUGCAAAACAAAAAGAUACUCAAAAUACUGGAAGAAGUGUAGAGCAUUUGGCUGCCACAACAUUUCCUGAAAUUUCAAGUUCUUCAGUGUGUGUAUCCUCCAAUGCUUCAGUGCAGAUAGCUAGUACUACUAUGCCUACUUUAAGCACAGAUCAUGAAGAUCUCCACAGAUACCAAUUUAAAGAAACUUGUUCUUCUGAGAGUCCAGAUUUUGGUUCAUUAGUAAAACAUAAGGUUUCUGAUUGUGAAAUUGAUACAGAUAAAAAUAAAUUACAGGACUCAUUUCAUCAAUCAAAAAGUGAGAACUCAGUUUUUCAAAAUUUCGAAUUGGAAAAUGAGAUUGAAGUAGGAUCAGAACAGUGUGAUGAUGCUUAUCUAUUUCAACAAGAUACACAUAGCCAUGAAAAUGUACUUUAUGAAGAACUUGAGGCAUUAUAUGAGGCUCUGAAGUCCCGUAUUGAUUGGGAAGGUCUAUUAGGAAGCAACAAUGGGGAGAAAGAAAUUUUGAAAAGCACCACAAAAAGGGAGAAUAAUGAUCAGCAUUUUUCUAAGAAAAGUAAUUGUUUUUAUUCCUCCACACAGAAAAACAAAACAGAGCUCCUAAACCCAGUUUUACUUCCAGAUCUACAAAUUAGAAUUACUAACAUAGUUAGGCCAGGAUUCAGCCCCACUGCUGACUCCCUUGAAUUGAAAAAUAAUUUUUGGAAAUAUGUAACUGAAGCCACAAAACCAGAAAUAAAUAAAGGAGGAGGAGAAGCUCUAGGAUUUAAAAUUCACUGUCAGCCUUCUGGUAAAAAUUCAGGUUAUCCAGGUGAAGAUAAAGUUAGUAAUGUACUGCAAGCAUCAGGACUAGUGAGUAAGUCUGAAAUCUCCCUUUCUUUUGACUUGAGUCAAAAUACACAUGUGAAUCAUACAUCUGAGAGACAAAACAGUGAAUCUUUGUUUACUGAAACUUCUGCCACAAUAAAUGAUGGAAGCAGGUGUUCCUUUACAAAAUCAAAAACUGACUGUAAUGAUACUAGAAGUAAAAAGGAAGUGGAAUCAAGAACUAGCAAGAGGAAGAUAUAUACAUCUUCUAGAGAUCAGAGCAUAUCACCUAAAGAUUUAAGACUGCAUGAAAUUUGUGGAAAGAAAAGGAGGCUAACCAGUUCAGACCCAUCUGAGUGUUUUUUUUUAUUAUCCCAAGGACGAAUUAAAACAUUUUCACAGUCAGAAAAGCACAUUAGGAGUGUCCUGGAUAUUCUAAAUAGUGAAGCAUCUUUAUGUAAGAGUAAAUGUCUUUCCAGAAAACUAGACAGAGCUGUUGUUCACUUAAAGAAGGCUCAUAGAAGAGUUCACACAUCUCUGCAGAUUAUAGCUAAAGUGGGAGAGAAAAGAAAGGGUCCAUUACCAAAAUCGUAUGCAAUAAUAUGCAAUAAUUUCUGGGAAAGUUGUGACCUUCAGGGUUAUAGUUCUGUGUCUGAAAGAAGAUACUAUUCUACUAAGCAUUUUUUGUCAAAAAGAAAAUAUGACAAACAGGGAGAGAAAAGAGCUUUAGAAUUUGAUGUUGAUAAAUCAUUAACCCGUGGGUCAAAGCACAAGUCUUACAAACUAAGUGAAGAGAUCACACAGUACCUUUCCAAGAAAAAUGUGGCCAGCAAUAUCUCCAGAAGUCACACUACUAUUCAUGUGAGAGAAUUUUGUGAUCAAGAACAACAUCCUGAAUCACAGUUGUCCCUAUCCUCCAUUUCCCAAAGUACAAAUCAGCCAGUUUAUAGUAAUAAAAGUAUGAGAAAUCCGGGAUUAUCAGAACUUCAGCCUUUUUCUGGAAAGACUGGACAGCUCUCUUCCUCAGACCACUCAGAUGAGAAACUAACUGAAAAAGAAAAUCAAAGUGAUGUGAAGUUUCUAUCUAACAUUAGUAAAUAUGAAAAGCUUAAGAGCCAUUCAGCCCAUGAUAAUACUAAGGAUGCAACUAAAGAACACAGUUGUGAGGCUAGUGAAGUAAUAAAUGAAAGUAAUUCAGUAUCUUUAAGUUGCACAAAAGAAAACAACCUAAGUUACAGCACAGACAAAAAUUAUGAUGCAACUUGUAUAGCUCACACAAAGGUGAAAACUGACAUAUUUAUUUCAGUCUUAGAAUCAAAUGUGGAGCACUUUUUAAAUGUUGAUACUGGCAAGCAAGAUAACCUUAUUUUAUCUGGUUGUAAAAGGAACAUGGAAGUAAAUUUUCCUGUAGAAAAAUGGACACCUCCUGUUGAGAGCUGUGAACGAAGCAUUGUUACAAGAAACUUCUUUAUGGACCCAUUAAACCUGAAUUUGAUAGCAAGCAAAAAAUACAGUAUUCCUCAAUUGUUUUCAACCACUUCAGUGACAGAUAGUAAGGGAGAAUCUCUGAAAUCUUACUUGCAUAAACAGAGAAUUUUUGCUACAGAUUCUUGCGCAACAUCACACUACCAGCAGAUAUGUAGUGGAAAGGAGAUUCUAAAGACCGAGCAAUGCUCUUCAGGUAAUUGCUUCCACGUAGAUGAGAAUGAAACAAAUGUUACUGAGAAGUCUGAGUUGGAUCUAACAUCAGCAACUGAAGAAAGUAAAAGUUAUAGGAAAAAUACAAUGAAGAAACUAUCUUCCAAUGACAGUUCUCUGCUCUUAAAAGAUAACAUAAAGGGGUCUUCUUCAAAAUGUAUUGUAAAGAAGGACAUUCAGGACAGGAAAAUGUGCAAAGUUAAACAAGCAGAAAAAGCCAAAGAUUCAGCUUACAAGAGAAGCAUUAUUGAAGGAUCAACUGUCAAGACUGAGUACAAAAAUCAAAAGAAUGAGAUCUUAAAAGAAGAACCCUCCCACUUAAAUGAGGGAACAAUUAAAAAUAACUUAAUUGAUUCUCAUCUAAGCACUAAAAAUACUACGAAGGCAGUUUCUUUGAAUAACAUAGUUUUUAAUCAGCUUAACAAAAGAGAAAAGAAGGGGGAAAUUAAAAUUAGUAAUGACUCUCAGCCUGACUCGGUGUUACAUGCAGAAACAGCCUUUAUUUCCAAACCAGAUAUUGUAGGAGUUAAUCAUAUACCUGUUUUGCAUGCCCACUCUGAAACCUCUAAAGUCACUACUCAUCAGAAGAAACCUACAUCAUACGUGAAUGAAUUAGAUGAAAAACAUUGCUCAGCUAAUCAUACGGCCCUUAUAACUAAGCUAUCUCAAAUUUUGCAAAGGGCAGAUGAAGCAUCAUCUUUACAAGUUCUACAGGAAGAAACUAUGGUUUGUCAAAAUAUUCUCCCUUUCUUUGUUGAAGCUUUUGAAAGAAAGCAAGAAUGCUCAUUUGAAGAAAUUGUGAUUUCAAGAGAACUGUUAGAACAAAACCUGUGGAGUAAUUGCAAGUGCAAAUUAAAACCAUGUGCUGUUGACACUUUGGUAGAACUUCAAAUGAUGAUGGAAACUAUUCAAUUCAUUGAAAACAAAAAAAGACUUUUAGGAGGUGAACCAACAUUCCGAAGCUUGCUUUGGUAUGAUGAGACAUUGUACGGUGAGCUGCUUGGCAGACCACGUGGAUAUCAACAGCAGUCCAAUUUCUAUCCUGCUUUUCAAGGAAGGUUAAAAUAUAAUGCCUUCUGUGAGUUACAGACUUACCAUGGUCAAUUAAUUGAAUUGUUUGAAGAAACAAAAAGGGGAGAUAAUUCAUACUAUGCAUUCUUAAAAUAUAAACGACAGAUUAAUGAAUGUGAAGCCAUAAUGAAGCAUUGUUCUGAUUGCUUUGACUUUUCUCUUUCUGUGCCAUUUACCUGUGGAGUUAACCUUGGAGACAGUUUAGGAGACCUAGAAACCUUGAGAAAAAGUACUUUAAAGCUGAUCAGUAUAUAUGGGGACUCUCCUGAAGUUCAUUCAUAUCCAGGAAAACAAGACCAUCUGUGGAUUAUCAUAGAAAUGAUCUCCUCAAAAGUUAAUUUUAUCAAGAACAAUGAGGCACUAAGUAUUAAAAUAUCUCUUUAUGGUCUGGAACAUAUCUUUUUUGAUGCUGCAAAAAGUCUUGUUUGGAAAGAGAAAAGAUCUUUCAGCAAAAAAUACUCACGAAAAAAUAAAGAAAUGCUACUCAAAAUGAAUCAGUGUGCUUUUUCAAAGUUGCAGCAGAUAUAUGGUACUUUGUCUGAAGAUUUAAACAGUGAACCAAUUUCCAAUAUUGGGCUUGAGAAGAAUACUGUGAUUGCUUCCAGAAAGUCAGAUGAUCUAAACAAAGCAACAAUUAGCAUAGAAAAUUAUAGGUUUAAUGGUACUUGGCUUUCACACCCAGAUAUUUGUGGUAUUAGUGAAAUACUGGAUCAAGCUGAAUUUGCAGACCUUGAAAAAUUACAGGAACUCACCUUGAGAUGUACAGAUCAUUUAGAAAUUUUAAAAAAACAGUUCCAGAUGCUACAAGAAGAUAAUAUAGAUAAUAUUUUUAUCACAGAAGAAAAUGUUUUGGACAUGAAAAACCACAACUGUGGGGCUGUAAUUUUAAAACCUGAAGCGAUUGAAACAUAUGUUGAAAUUGUCAUGGUCUCAGAAACAGUUCACUUUCUUAAAAACUCAAUAGCAAAGAAACUAGACAAACAGAGGUUCCGAGGUAUGCUGUGGUUUGAUUUGUCACUUCUUCCUGAGCUGGUUCACUGCCAAGAAAAAAUGACUUCUUUUUCAUUUCUUAAAGAUAAUAACUCAACAGAUGUUUGCCUUUGGAAAGUGAUAGAGACUGCUAUUUCUGAACUUCAGAAAGAUGUGGAUAUUAUCUACAAAUACAGUGAAGCUGUUAAUUGCUCAUAUGCUCUUCGCUUGUUUUCAAGAGAACUUGAAGAACUUUCAGAAAUAAAAAAGCUUCUAAAGAAGUCUAAGUAUUCCAUUUCCACAUAUAUUGACUUUGUGCCAUGCAUAGCAUCUGUAAAUUAUGGAAGCACUGUGACAGAGUUAGAAUACAACUAUAGUCAGUUUUCUACAUUGCUCAAAAAUACAAUGUCUGCCCCUCAGAAAGACUUAGGAAAAGUGGCCCAUAUUAUGAAAGUCAUGAAAACCAUUGAACAUAUGAAGAUUAUAUGUGCUAAAAAUCCUAAAUUAGCCAUUUCCUUUAUUCUAUGCCAAAUGCUAUGUAACAGAAGGAAGACUUUCCAGCCGAAGAGAAAAGAAAAGAUGAAUGUUCAUGUUAUAAAACCUGGGGAAAAUGUCAAUAAAUCCAGUAUGUCUAUGAAGGUGCCCUUAAUUCCAGAGUGUAUCGUUAAAAAUGUUCCAAAUUGCUCUAAAAAACGAGCUAUCACUGUGGACAAGUGUGAGGAUUCUGAGGAACAAGCGAAAAGUACUACUGUUUCCAGUUGUAAGAAGCAAAAGGUGAACAUGAAAGAAGUCACAAAAAUCAGAGAAACAACAACAUUCAAGCAUCCAAGGACUACAGAAUCUCAUCCCAAAAGUGAAGACAAAAUAGAAUCGAGUUCCUCUGACAAUCUGAAAAGAAACCGCGUAUCACCAGAAAAGAUUGAAAUGCAAAGAUUACUACCUGGAUCACUUUUACCUUUAAAGAACCUGAAAGACACUUGCUCGUUAAAGGCAGAAAGCAAAAUAGAUUUAAGUAAUAUUUCAUCUGAUACUUCACAACACUUCACUGGACAACAGGGAAGUUUAAAUAGCAUGAAGAAGAAAAAUAAGAAUUUUUGUGCUGCUGAAACAAAAAGUGAUAAGAAAGAUUGCACUGCUUUUGCAGCUUGCGACCAAAAAAGUAUAGGUGGCACAUUUUCAAAGGACCAUGAGACAUUUUCACAGAAAUUUCUUAAAAAUUCUCCAGAUUUCACACAGCAAACUUGUCUUUUAGACAUAAAACCAGGAGCUGAUGCUUCUCUUGUGCCUAAUGCAUCAGUGCUCUCAAAGCCUGUUUUCCAUUUUGUGAAGGAUAUCCAUACCAAUCUAGAAAUGAAGGACACAGUCCUUGAACUUCAAGAUAACGAAAUAUUAAAUUCACCUGUUAAAAAUUCCACAUGCAUGACUGCUCCAGAACCCGUAUUUAUCCAGAAAAAAAUUCCUGUUCUGGAAAUAAGUAAAACACAGUCUGCACAAUCUGAGGCAGAGAAAUAUAUGAAGGAUACAUUGAAUCCCAGUACUAUUUCUUUUGAAGCAUCUGGACACAUGACCCUUAAUGUGAAUCAAACAGCGGAGUACUCUUUUUCUGAACAACAAAAUGAUGAAAAUUCAAAAGUCCUAACUCAGAGUGCUGCCACAUGUUGUGAUGAACUUCCACAGUCUGCAUGCACCCCAAUAUAUAAUUCUUCAGAGCAUUCAUUUGGAACUUCAUAUCCAUACUAUGCUUGGUGUGUUUAUCAUUACAGCAGCAGCAGUGGCAGCACUAUUACCCAGACGUACCAAGGGAUAACAUCAUAUGAAGUACAACCACCUCCUUCUGGGAUGUUGACUGCAGUUGCAAGUACUGUCCAAAGCACACAUUCUAAUCUUCUGUACUCUGAAUGUUUUAGUUAUUUUGCUGGUGGGCCUCAAGCAUAUGGCUCUGUGCCAGUGAAUGGGUAUUUUCAAUCUCAGAUGCCUAUUUCUUACAGUUUUCAGCAGCCGAUUUCUUCACAGUAUGCUUCUGAUCAACCAUUACAAGCUGCAUACUCUUACCCUCCUAAUCCAGCUGUGCUUCCAGAAGUUUCUUGGAUGUAUACUCCAUGUCAACAAGAACCGUUUCAGCCAGGACGUUGAAUAUAGUCUUCUGUCUACUGAAAUAAAGGAGAUGUAACAAAUUUUUCCAACUACUUUUUACU